GUAGAUGAUUGUACACCUUGUAUACGCAUACAGUUGCAAUACACCAUACAUUCAUCAUACAUUGGUGGAAAAGUGAAUUACUCAGGGUAAAGUGAAUAAUUUCGAUUCUGAUAUAUGUGACACAUAAAAGAGGAAGAAACGCCAUCGUGCAAGCAGGAAAAUGUGGGUCUUACUGUUUUUGGCAGUAAUAUCAACAACUGGAAAAGCCCAGUACGAUACAGAUUGGAAUCAGGAUCAAUUUAAUCGAAACGAUAUAUCAACUCAACAACCAUGGGGAAGAUUCGACGAUAGAAAUCAAAAUCCACCAUUUGGAUAUAGACCAGAAAGUCCGGAUUACGGUGUAAAUUCUCCCAAUAAUUACAGACCAAAUCAAGAUAGAGAUCAAGGUUCUGGAGUUAGUUAUAACAAUAAUCCUUUGACACAAGACUCGAAUAUCGGAUAUGGAAGUUUUAAAAGUUCUGGACUGGGAGAUGUUAUUAUUAAAGAAGCAACUUAUUUCAUAGUAGCGUCUCGAAUGGUGAGACCCGGACAUCUUUAUCGAGUGGCAGUGAACGUUCUUCAAAGUGCUCUUCCAAUAGUGGUGCAGGCGUCAAUUCAAAGAAAUGGUGUCGAAGUAGCAGAAGAUCAUUCCGAAGUAAAAGAAGGAAUUCCCGAAACUUUAGUUCUACAAGUACCAGCGAGUUCAGUCGUGGGAAAUUAUCGUCUCCGCGUUGCCGGAAUGUUCAACAGUUUAACUGGUGGACAAGCAUUUUUGAACGAAACACAAUUGGUAUUCUCCCAAAGAUCAAUGACAAUAUUUAUUCAAACCGACAAGCCAGUUUACAUGCAAGGACAAACGGUGCAUUUUCGAACAAUACCAAUAAACACGGAAUUAAAAACUUUCAAUGAUCCUGUUGAAAUUCACAUAUUGGAUCCAUUCAAUCGAAAAAUGCGUCGCUGGCUCAGCAAACAGAGUAAUUUAGGAACAGUUUCUCUAACUUAUCAAUUAUCCGAUCAGCCCGUUUAUGGAAAUUGGACAAUUUUAGUUAUCGCACAAAGUCAAGAGGAGAGAAAAGUCUUCUCUGUGGAGGAAUACUAUCAGACACGAUUUGAAGUUAAUGUUACGAUGCCGGCCUUCUUUUUCGAUACUGAUCCAUAUGUUUAUGGUAUAGUUCAGGCGAAUUAUACUUCCGGUGCACCGGUACGGGGGAAUUUAACCCUAAAGGCAAGUAUUCGACAUCUAAAUAAAUACUACACGACUAGUACUACACAAUAUCAAGAUGUUCGCGAGAGAUAUAUGGAAUUUGACGAAUAUUAUCCAUCCUGGUUCAAAACAUCACGUGAAAUGUACGACGAAAGAGGACAACGAGUCCCUGUUCUUCGACUCUUCAAUGGAACCUAUAGAUUUCAAUAUCCUUUGAGAGAAUUAAUUUCAUACGGUUCGAGUACAGAAGGGAUGGAAAUUCUAAUAACCGCAACUGUUGGAGAGAAAUUUCUCGAAGAAGUAAUAGUCGGUUAUUCGAAAGCACGAAUUUACAAUUCAACAAUAAAAAUUCACUUCGCCGGUGAUUCGCCACAAGUAUUCAAACCCGCGAUGCCAUUUCCUCUAAAUCUCAUCUCAUCAUUUCACGAUGGCUCGCCAUUGAGACCGAGUCAACUUUGGGGAGCCAGAUUGGACAUUCGUGCAGACGUCGAAAUGCGAUCGGGUCGAAGGAAUUUGGACAGUAGAACAAUACAACCAACAGCCGAAAAUAAUGCCAUAUGGUUUUUAAAAAUGGAUCUCGCCAAAGAACUUGGAGUAAAUGAUAAUCCACAACGAGCACAACAAGUUCUCAACGAAGUGACUUCAAUGAAAGUUUAUGCAACUCUGAUAGACGGCGAGGGACAUUCAGCGACAGCGGAACUCAUUCUUUUGGCUCAUGAAUCGCCGAAUCAUAAGAACAUUAAAGUUUCAACGUCCACACAGAAGCCAAAAGUGGGAGAAUAUCUUGUAUUGCAUGUGCAGACAAAUUUCCAUAUUGAUGCGUUUAAUUAUAUUAUUAUGUCGAAGGGGUUAAUUCUCUUGAGUGGACAGGACGAUAUGCAACAUAAUAUUAGAACAUUUGCUGUGCCAUUGAGUCCUGAAAUGGCACCAGUGGCUACGGCUGUUGUCUACUAUGUUGGCCGCUAUGGUGAAGUGAUUGCUGAUUCUCUAACGUUCCCGGUUAAUGGAAUUUCACGAAACAAUUUCACUGUUUUGAUUAAUAACAGAAAGGCAAGAACUGGAGAAAAUGUUGAGGUUGCUAUUUAUGGAGAACCUGGUGCUUAUGUUGGUCUUUCGGGAAUUGAUAGAUCAUUUUUCACAAUGCAAGCUGGAAAUGAAUUAACUUACGCGAAUGUUAUUUCAAAAAUGGCUCAUUUUGAUGAAGAAAGCAAUGGUACACACAGUCACACCUGGUUAUUCCAUGAUGGCGAUCCAGAUGAAUUGGUUUAUUUCCCCUCAUCAAGUUUCGGAAUCGAUGUGAAUCGAACUUUUGAAUAUCAAGGACUCGUCGUCUUCACGGACGCAAUAAUUUAUCGUAAACCCGAAGUCUGCAAUCGAACACUCGGUUUCGGUGAAUGCUUAAACGGACGUUGCUAUCGUUUGGAAAAGAAAUGCGACGGUGUAUUCGACUGCGAAGACGGUACAGACGAAGCACGAUGUUUUCACACGAACAUAACAGAUAUUUCCGAAUUCAGAAAAUAUCGUUUCAAUCGUAUUCAACGUCAAUAUGAGAACAUGUGGCUCUGGAAGGACGUCAACAUUGGACCUCAUGGUCGUUAUAUUUUCAACAUCGACGUUCCUCGUCGUCCCGUUCACUGGAUGAUCACAGCCUUCAGUAUAAGUCCCAGCGUUGGUUUUGGAAUGCUACCAAGAGCCAUUGACUAUAUGGGAAUUUUGCCAUUCUUUAUUAACGUCGAAAUGCCAACGCAAAUCAAACAGGGAGAACAAAUUGGUAUUCGAGUGUCGGUUUUCAAUUAUUUACUGAAUAAUAUCGAGGCAACUAUUGGUCUGAGUGGUUCGAAUGAUUUUAAAUUUGUCCACGUGGAAGAAAAUGGAUUUGUUAAGUCGUAUAAUCCACGAACUUCGUUUGGAGAACAUCAAUUCUUCGUUUGGAUUAAGAAACAAGAUGUUGCGAUUGUUUAUCUACCGAUUGUUCCCACGAGACUUGGGGAUAUUACGGUUCAUAUUUAUGCGAAUGCACUUAUUGGUCGUGAUUCCGUAACUCGAACUGUGCACGUUGAGGCCGAUGGUAUUCCACAAUUUCGUCACGAGUCCGUUCUUUUGGAUCUCAGUAACAGAGCUUAUGCUUUUCAAUAUAUGCACGUUAAUAUUACGGAGACACCACUUAUUCCGUAUUCGGAAGAUCGUUACUAUGUUUACAGUUCUAAUAAGGCGAGAAUCAGUAUUGUUGGCGAUGUUGUUGGUCCUAUUUUCCCAACGAUACCAGUUAAUGCCACGAGUUUAUUGACUUUACCAAUGGAUUGUGGGGAGCAGAAUAUUUUCAAUUUCGCCGCUCAUUUGUUCACGACGCUUCAUAUGCGAGCUGUUAAUUUGAGAAAUCGCACCCAAGAGAAGGAGAGUUUCCACUACAUGAAUAUUAUGUAUCAGAAGCAAAUUUCCUUCAUGAAUCCUGAUGGCUCGUUCAGUCUGUUUCGUAGCGAUUGGAAUCAAUCGUCACCAAGCGUAUGGCUCACUGCCUACACUAUUCAAGUCUUUCAAGAAGUUGCCAGUAAUUACGAGUAUGAAAAUUAUAUUUACAUCGAUCCCGAUAUGGUCGCGAAAUCAGUGCUCUGGCUUUUGCAACAUCAAACAGAGGAGGGCUCGUUCUACGAAGUCACUUGGCUACCUGAUAGAAAAAUGAACACGACUUACAUUGACGAAUACGGAUUUUAUCGUUUCAGAAAUAUCUCCCUCACUGCACACGUUCUAAUCACUUUAUCUUCAGUUAAAGAUUUAUCCAGUGGAUUAGGAACUAGAGUCGCAUUGGCAGCCGAUAAUGCCGCGAGAUGGUUGGAAACAAAAAUGUCCUAUUUGAGAGAAUUUGGACAACCUUAUGAAAUCGCAAUUGUCGCCUAUGCACUCAAGGAGAAGGGUUCGAGUAAUUAUGACGAGGCUUUUGAAAUUUUAAACAGACAUUCGAGAAACGAAGGAGAGUAUAAGUAUUGGGGUAGAGAAGCUGUUCCGCAGCCACCGACGAAAAUUGAAAAUCAAAAACCAUUUUUACUGCCACGUUUGCCUUAUAAAUACGAUUCGGAGAAUAUUGAAACAACGGCCUAUGCAUUGUUAUUGUACACAGCUAAGCAACAGAUUUUCUUUAUACAGCCAAUUGUCAGAUGGUUAAAUUCUCAGAGAUUAACGGACGGAGGUUGGGCAUCGACGAGGGACACUGCCUGGGCAAUGAAAGCUUUAAUGUACUACACACAAACUCAAAGAUUGAGAGAAGUCACACAAUUGACAGUCACCAUCGAGGCAACAUCUUUGCCGGGCAUCACUAAAACUCUACACGUUAACAGUAAAAAUCUAGCAACUCUCCAGUCAGUUGAGAUUCCGGAAGCUUGGGGAACUGUUAAAGUGCAAGCACAAGGAGCGGGUUACGCAAUUUUGCAGAUGACUGUUCAAUAUAAUGUUGAUAAUGUCCGAUAUCAGACACAGCCUCCAGUUAAGGCUUUCGAUUUACGUACAAGAGCCAAUUUCCAUGGAAGAAAUCAGUCUCACAUUAGUUACAUCAGUUGCCAAAGAUGGAUAAAUAUAAAUGAAUCAAUUCGAUCGGGAAUGGCAGUUUUGGACGUUGCUGUUCCAACUGGUUAUAUGAUUCAACAGCAAAAUCUCGAUAGAUACGUACGAACGGGAGAUAUUAGAAAUUUGCAGAGAGCGAGAUUCCUGGACCAAAAACUUUUAUUCUACUUUGAUUAUCUCGAUGAGGAAGAAACUUGUGUUGAAUUCACAUUGGAAAGAUGGUUCCCAGUUGCGAAUAUGUCUCGAUAUCUUCCGAUUAGAGUCUACGAUUAUUAUGCGCCUGAACGUUUCAACGAGACAAUGUUCGAUUCACUGCCUACCUAUCUUCUCAAUAUUUGCGAAGUUUGCGGUAGUUCACAAUGUCCAUACUGUCCAAUUUACAAUAUUGCGACAAUAAUAACAUCACCGAGUUUCUUCACUUUAUGCUCUGCUCUCGUUGUCAUUCUAACGAGGUAUUUCCGAACGCAAGAAUUUAGCGUAAGUUAAAAUCACAAUUCCCAAAUUUUAUAGGAGACUGUAAUAUUAAAUUUUGCAAGACACGAAACCUGCAAUAUUUAUAAGCAUAAAAAAAGUAAGACCACGCGAAUUAAAAAAAAAUCGUUAAUUGAUAAAAAUCAUUACAACAUAAAAAGACUAUAACAAAAAGAAUGGAAAUAAUUCGACAUUUUCAAAGCAAAAGAAUCUCUUUUUCCCAAAAAAAAAUUUUUUAGAAAAAAAGCCUUCAAAAGGCUUCUAUGGCCUGUUAUAAUUUUUCUAAAAUUAUAUUAUGUUAAAUUGAAUAAUGAAGACUUGAAUAAUAUUAAAAUUUUUAAUUUUAUUAAAUAUAUACGAUUAUUGUAAUGAUUAUUAUAAUCACAAGAGAUUAUAAAAGAAGGAAAGAGAAAAUAUACAUAGUAAAAUAUGUAUUAUAUAUUUUUCCAUAAUGCAAUUAAUUAAUAAUGGAAAUAUAAUUUGAUUUUAUCUUCCAACCAUUCAUGCCUUAGUAAAAAGAAAUUACGAAAAAGAAAUAAUUUGAUUAUUUUGUUGUUAAAUUAUAAAUAUUAUUCUACCGAGGAAAAAGCCUUGUCCGUAAAAAUGGUCAAACUGUGCCUUAAUAUUUGGAUUUUUAAUUUUUUUUAAAUAUAUUUUAUAUAUUCAUGUUUUUUGUGAAUAUAACAAUUAUAACAUUCAUAGCUCCUAAAAGGGAGAAUUGAAUUUUUAGAUUUUUGAUAAUAGACUUAAACAGAGAAAGUCAUUUUAUCUGAUACCGUCCAAGACAAUAAGUCACUAAUUACGUCGAGAUAAAUUGUAAUAUUCUAAGAUCUUCUCAUUAUUGCGCUUAAAAAAAAUAGUUUACGAUCGUUUUUUAUACAAAUCCACGUCAUUUAUAAAUUUAUGUAAAGGAGUCAAGAGUUAUUUAUAAGGACUCAAUUUCUUUUUGGAAUACUGUUUGUUAAAUUUUAAUAAUUGCACAUAAACAAACCAAAGCUAAUGGUUUUUUAUAAUUAUUUGUAUUUUAUAUAAUUGAGUUAAAAUAACUCAACUAUGUUAGUUUUUCUAUUUAGUAUUGCGACAAGUUUUUAUUUUAAAAACUUAACAAGUUAUUUGAUUAAUGAUCAAAUGUAACUUAAGAUAUACUUUUAAGGUACCAAAAGAAUAUUUUGAAAUAAAAAUGUCCGUCCAAACUGAAUUAAUAAUAAUAAAUUUAAAUUACGUUAAAGGAGCUAUUGAAAAAAAGGAGCUUACUAUAGUACUUCGUUAAAAAGAGCUUCUUUACAAAAAUUGUUUACAUAAACUCGCCAUUAAAUUUAAGGAAACAAAGUAGUUUUUUAAGAAAGAUCCACGAUCUUGAAAGUUUUUUAAAUAGUACAAAUUAUUGUCAAUUAAUGAUCUUCAUAUUCUAAUAGCUCCUUCAACUAUUAUAAUGUCUAGAAGGCCGUCCAAAACAAAAAAAACUUAUUAUUGUAGUGUGUUCAAAUUUAAUUUUAGUUUUUCAUACUAUCGUCGAUUUAUAUUUUUAUAACGAGAUAACAUGUACAUUUUAUCAUUUACGCACAAUCGUCUAUAAUAUGUUAUACGCGUCUUUUUUUUUAUUAACGCAAAAUGUACGUACACGAAAAAUUUUCGAAAUAAGUUUUUAAAGAGUCUAUAAAAAUGUAGUUAGUGCCUCCAGUUUGUACAGCAAAAUAAUAAUUUAGCUCUUUAUCGAUCAAUUAAAUUUGUACAGUUUAAUUACUGACACAACAAAGUUACCGACUUAACAAUCGAAAAAUCAGAUUUAAAUUGAAUUGUCGGAAUUUGAUUAUUAUAUUAAAAGAAAGCAGAUCUUAUUUUACUCAUAAUUAUACAACUCUUUUGUAUAUUGACUUUUAACAGUGUAAUUACAAUAAAUCAAAAGAUUGUGAUUAUAUACAUUAA